AUGAAAAGUGACAGACCAAUAUAUAAAGCAUGCAGACUUUGCCAGAAAGAGUUUUUGCAAAAUGAGAUCUUCAACCAUCAACGCUCUUGUACUUCCAAGUCAAAAGAAAUACAUAAGUCAAAUUCUUCAUAGCCUUAAAUAAAUUUACAACAGAUAUAACCAUAGCCAUAGCCUUAUCAAAAAUCAUAAUCCUUAUAAGUAAGACAUCUAAUAAGUAUCUAGAAUAAUUAAAUUUAUCAAUCAAGCAAUGUUGAUAUAAAAUUGUCUUAGUAGAUCUAUGAAAAAUCUAAUGGUAAAGUUAUAAUUUUAGAUGUUUAACCAAUGCCUGCAGAAGAUAAUAAAAUGUAUAUAGAAUAAUCUAAAUAAAACAUAUAUUAAUAGCCAAUCUAAUAGUAACCCAUCUAAUAAUACCGCAUCUAAUAGUAACCCAUCUAAUAAUAACACAUCUAAUAGUCACUCCCCCCUCCUGAAAAAUUCCAGAAAUCAGAAUCAAAUUAAAUUGAUUAAUCAGAUUUAGUAAAGUGCGAGCAUUGCGAUGGGCAUAUAAAUUCUAAGGACAAAGAUUAUCACGAAUUGAAUUGUUCUUCGGUUAUUCGAUUUAAAGAAAUAAUCAAAGAAGUAGAUUAUCCAUAGGUUUGGUAAAAAUAAGAAUUGCCUUCAGAUCCUAAGCAAUUUGAGACAACCAAUUAAAAAAUAAUUGCACAAUACCUGAAAAUUUAUCCUGAUUCCAAAGAUAUUAUCUAAAAAGGGAAAAAAUUAUUGGAAGAAGCAUUGUUUAAAAGCUUGAAAUUUAAGAAAUCUUUUGAUUAAAAAACUUGCUACUUUUGUAGAAACUACUUUAAAGAAGAUGAGAUCAUUUAUAAUUUACAAUGCUGCCUCUUAAAAUGUCAUAAAAAUUGUUUGCAUAAUAUGCUUAAAAAAAGUACCAAGUGCUAUUGCUGUUAGAAAGAAUUAUUUCCAAAGGCAAAAGUCAAAAUGUGA